AUGCACCAGUUGUUGGUUUUUACUAACAACUGUUUUAUUAUCUUCUAUACUCUGUACUUAUUAGUUAUGUGUAAUUUUAACAAGAAUGUGUUAUGUGUAGCAACCAACAUUAAUCGCAAUUAUAAUUAUCCUAAAAUCUACUUGAAUAGAUAUUCUCCCAAAUUUUGUAUGGCGAACAAUGAAAUUUCUCAUUUGAAACCUGUUCAGCUCUCAAUAAACACUUUUUGGGGCAGGGAAUCUCAGUUCAACUCUAAGAUUCCUAUUACCGUUAACUUGAACGACACAUUUUUAAAUGUGAAGAAAUUAAUUUUUAACAAGACUGGGAUUCCUGUAGAGUUACAGGAUUUAUAUCUGCUCAAAUCUAGUGACUUUAGUCCAAAAACUGAAGAUAACUCUGAUGAUUUAGAUAAUGAUAUAUCACUAGAGAAUUGUGUAAAACUAAAAGAUGACGAUAGAGUUUCUAAUUAUCUUCGUCAUUUUAAGCUUACAAGUUCUAAGGAACUUGAGCUUGACCUUUUACUUGAUUUACCAGCUCCAACUUUUAAAAGCGUGUCUCCAGAUCCUAAUCGCAUUGGCGACUAUAUAACAGCAGUUAUAAGAUACAACGACCUGCUCAUGUCUAUUAACAAUAUGAAAAGUAAUUUGAAGGAUAAAAACUGUUUAAAUAAUAUUAAUUCAUUUAUUAAAGAUUCAAACUGUUACAUAAAUAGUGAGUUGAAUGGCGAUAAACCUAAGGAAUCUCAGCCUCCUAUUAAGGAUUUAGGCUGUAAAAGAGUCUAUAUAAGAAUUUUUAAGGAUUAUCCAUCAAAUUCACAUUUAUUUAGGGACCGUUUAAAUAACAUCAUCAGAAUGUACUUCCCUGUAGAUUUAUCAAAUACUUUUAAAUUUUCUGCCUUUUGUUUAUUGCUCAAAUUAAAUGGUAAUUUUAACAAAACUACUCUUGACAUUAUCGGAUUGUUGCCUCUUUUAGCUAUUUUCGUCCAAACUCGAGCUGGAAUUUUAUUUUAUAGGACACUCUUCCACUUCAUUUCACAGCAAUACAUUCCAAAAAGUAUUUUAGAUAGUUUCCAGUUAUUAAUUACCAUUUAUAUACAUAUAUAUAUUAAUUUUGUUUUAGUUUUGUAUAAUAUUUUGCCAGCACAUUUGGCCGAAAAAAUACGCAAUAGCUAA